CUCUCCCUCUCUCCGCCGCUUCCUGCUCCGGGAAUCCGCGCUCUGAGCUCUGGGGCCGAGGCGCCCGAGGCUUCCCGGCGCGCUCGGCCAGGAUGGCAUUAGCUCUGUGUCCGCAGGUGCUGUGCAGCCUGGGGGGCUGGCUCUCACUCUACAUCUCUUUCUGCCGCCUGAAUAAGCACCGAAGCUUUGAGUGGAGCUGCCGGCUGGUGACGUUCACCCAUGGAAUCCUCUCCAUAGGCCUCUCGGCUUAUAUAGGCUUCAUUGAUGGCCCCUGGCCUUUUACCCACCCAGGCUCACCCAAUACUCCUCUCCAAGUGCACGUUCUGUGUCUCACCUUGGGCUACUUCAUCUUCGACUUGGGCUGGUGCAUCUACUUCCAGUCCGAGGGGCCCCUGAUGCUGGCUCACCACACGCUCAGUAUCCUGGGCAUCAUCAUGGCCCUGGUGCUCGGGGAGUCAGGCACAGAGGUCAACGCGGUCCUCUUUGGAAGUGAGAUCACCAACCCCUUGUUGCAGAUGCGCUGGUUUCUCCGAGAAACAGGCCGCUACCACAGUUUCACUGGCGAUGUGGUGGACUUCCUCUUCGUGGCCCUGUUUACCGGAGUGAGGAUUGGUGUAGGAGCUCGCCUCCUUUUCUGCGAACUAGUCUCCCCCAAGCCCAGGUGGUUUGUGAAGGUUGGGGGAGUAGCGAUGUACGCUGUGUCUUGGUGUUUCAUGUUCAGCAUCUGGCGCUUUGCAUGGAGGAAAAGCAUCAAGAAAUACCAUGCCUGGAGAGCCAGGCGGGGCGAGGAGCGACAGCUGAAGCAGAACGGCCAUCUCAAAACGCACUAGCCAUGACUUUGUCCAGACAGUGGGUCAGGGUUAGUCGGCCGCGGGACCCAGGUCGGAGAUACGGUGUUACAGAACCAUGCUUCCAGUGAAGUUAGGUUUCAAAAAAGGGCUAAACCUUAUCAGUUCAACCUUUCGUCAGUCUGCAAAUGGAGUCCAUACCAGUAUUAAAACACAAACUUCCACCAUAGCACGGUUGUAGAAAAGCGAAACUACGUGGUGGUAGUUGUGAGUAUGUCACUGUGAGGUGAGCAAUGCUGCAUUCCUUUUAGUUCCUCGUGUCCCUGGGUCCUCUUGUCUCUGGGAUGCCUGAUGGCUAGACAGCUCAGGAGGGAAUUUGAGAAUUCCUUUGAGAAUUGACUCCUGAGCAAACUCAUUCCUGCUUUCCAUGUAGCAGUUUUUUUUUUUUUAAGAUUUUAUUUAUUUAUUUGACAGAGACACAGCGAGAGAGGGAACACAAGCAG